CCGCGCUGUCCCCGCAGGGCUCUGAAGGCCGUGAGGCUGCUCCGCUCCCGCCCCGCUGAUGCCCGAGGGAGCCGAGCCAUGAAGGGGCAGCAAAAAGCAGCUGAGACCGAGGAGGGGACGGUGCAGAUCCAGGAAGGCUCGGUGGCCACGGGCGAGGACCCCACGAGCGUGGCCAUCGCCAGCAUCCAAUCGGCCGCCACCUUCCCCGACCCCGGCGUCAAGUAUGUGUUCAGGACCGAGGGCGGCGGCACGCAGGUGAUGUACUGGGUGAUCCAGGUGGCUGACGGGCAGCUGGACGCGCAGACCGAGGGCACCAGCGCCAUCAGCGGCUACCCGGCCACACAGUCCAUGACACAGGAGGUGCUCCCGGGGGGGGCCCAGCGCUCCAUCGCCCCCCGCGCACACCCCUACUCCCCGUGA